CGAGAGUCCUGUUGGCGUUGGAUGUUAUUGCGCUGAUGUGGGGUGACCAUGAAAGAUUGGAUGAGAUUUCCACGCCCAGCAUUUCUUAUAUUGGACCCCCACUUGAUAACAAAACAGGCCAGUGCGCUGUGUACGGUAGUUUUUUGAUUGGACACGAUUGAAAAAUUGUUUAAGCCAAGUAAACAGUCGGGUAUUCUCAGUGUGGACGGGGACAGUAUACCACGCACUCUCGAUUCCCUGUAUACAUGACAAGGAAGUACUGGAAGGAAGGAGUGGAAACAUGCUAACUAAAUAACGCGAUCAAACAAACAAAAGGAUAUGAUUAGACUACUGAAAAGGCACAGAACAUGUGUCAUUUGUUGUUUCAUCAUCGUCAGCACUGUGUUGUGUUUUGGAGGUUGGAGCUUCAUUCCCUCAACACUAAGGGGCACCAUUACUAGAAAUAUUAGUUGGAAUGUGAGAAUUUUCUCAUUUAGAAAUUGGAAACGUCGUGUGCACCUAACACCAAAGUACGACGGCGCCGUUAUGCCAGCUCAGAAGCCUCCUUUGAAUAUUGUUCUACCAACGGCGAGCACGUAUAACUUAUGUGUGAUUUUACACGGAGGUCUAGGGAACCAAAUGUUUCAGUUUGCUAGUUUGUAUGGAUUAGCUGCUAAAAAAGGUAUGUCUGUCACGAUUGACAGAAAGAAUGAUUUGACAAAAGUAUUCAAACUUAGUGUUGACAUGAAGGAUCAGUAUAAAACAAUUUGUGAAAAAUUACCUGCUAGAGAUGAAAAAUUGGAUUGUGGUUAUGACGAGGGUUUGGAUGCUUUUCAACCAAAUAUCAGUUACAGGGUUAAAGAUUAUUUGCAAUCAUGGACAUAUUUUUACAAUUCUUCGAAGGCAAUCCGGAAACAGUUCGUGUUUCACGACACCAUUAUUGAAAAAAGAAACAAUAUAAUUAAUUCAAUUUUGAAAAAACAUAACUUUAAGUCCCGCUCAGACGUAACAUUAAUAGGUGUUCACGCGAGGAGGGGCGACUUUAUAAAUAACACUUUCGGCUAUUUGGUUGCUAGUGAAAGUUACUUUAGAAAAACUAUGAAUUACUUUAGAUUAAGACGAUUUAAAAACACAAUAUUUAUCAUUUGUUCAAAUGACAUGAACUGGACCAAGAAACACGUGAUUAAUGAAGUCCGUUCGGAGUUCAUUGUUGGCCAUUCGGAAGGUGUAGAUAUGGCGCUUCUUGGCUCAUGUAAUCACAUGAUCACAUCAGUGGGUACAUUUAGCUGGUGGUCGGCGUGGCUUACCGGUGGUGAGGUCACAUUCUACCAAUGGCCAGCCAGGGACGGCUCUGCACUUCGGGAACAAUUCAGUGAAGAUUAUACAGACUUCUUUUAUCCCGGAUGGGUUGGGUUCUCUUAGUCACCUAUUGUUAUUAUUUGCACACUGACAGGGACCUGAGAGUUCAUUCGUAUUAGUUACAACCAUAUUUGGACCCACGCUAAUGUGUUUAGAGUCAUUUUACACAACUUCAGGGUUUAGAUCAAUUUUAUGUAAACAAAAUGCCACCCCAAAUAUGAAUAAUAUCAUUGGGUCGGAUUCCUAUUUUUACCGAAAAUUGAUAUAAACACAUAAAAUGUGUACAUGUAAACACCUUAGCUUCAGUUAAACAAUAUACACAAUCUCAGGUCCCUGUGAUCAUUUACAUCAUCGAGAUCAUGUAAAGAUUUCUUAGAAAAUUGAAUUGAUGGUGCCCGAGUUCACCGUAAUAUAAAGAAAAUAAUUUGCAAUAUUUUGUGUGGUUAUGAUGUUAAGAAUAUUAAUACUUUCACUGCAAUUUAUGAUACCAGUCUUAAUAUGUUCAGGUCAUUAAGUCUUCUGGAGAAGGAUUAAAUGCUUUAUUCACUUUGGUCAGAAGCGUUCUUACAAUAAAGGGGAAUUUAUUACGUAAAAGAGAAGCUGGUGAUCUCCACAAAGCAGAGAGGCUGAGCUCACAAUGGUUAGUUGUAAUUCUUUUUUUUCUACAUAAAAAGAGGCAACCUUUGACCAAAGUUUCCCCUGAAGGACGUUUGGUGAACUGACAUCAUGUCAAGAUAUGACAUUUUAGUUUUGUGACUUUUUUUAAGUUGCCGUUUAGUAAUGUUGUGUAUAUUGUUUUAAAUUUACUUACUGACUAUGCUUUUUAAUUUCAAGCUGUCCAAAUAAAGUUAAAAUAAAGUUGAAGAAGUGUAGGGAACGUUUGCUAUUCCGGAUCACUAGUUUCACUUCAUGUGAGUAAAUUUAAAAUAAAAUUGUGUUUUCAUUUAUCUACACUGCAUUUGUGGAAAUACUAAAAUUUAGUUUCUUCCAUGAAGUUUGAAUUGACACUGCUGAUACUAGGGUUUUAUUCCGGGGAUCUUUCGUUUUGAUCUAGUUUUUGUCGUCUAUUAUUUACCUAACGUAAUAUCAGAAGAACAGCAAAGGGGCAAGUAGAGGGAGGCUUCGUAAACCAGGGGAUUGAUAAACCUUUGCUAUGGUAUUGUAUGAGCACCAAGGCCAAAUGGAUAUUGACAAGUUCAAAACCUGCAAUUUAAUUCUGGUAUAUUUAUUCGACAUUACUGAUAUCUGCUUAUACUUUGUACCAUUGGUAAUUUAAUUUUGAAUAGAGCUUAAUUGAAUUUGAUUAAGAUUAAUAAAUAUAUAGCUCCUACAUAUUACGAAUGUGUUAAAUAAUUUUCUCUCUGCAUGUGAUAUUCUAAAUCAUUGAACCUGUCUAGCGACAUUUUGUAUAGAGGAGCACAUUGAGUUGUGCAACCAGUGUUUAAAUAUAUUUAUUCAAGAUUGAAUAGGGUGGGCAGGCUAUGUUUAAUUUGAUAAUGUACACAUGACAUAAUGAACUUGUAUGUAUUAAACAUGUAUGUAUUGAUCGCUUUAAGAGAGGAAUACCUGACAUCAAAACCAAUUAUGACAACCCUGUAGGUAAAGUUAUAAUAUCUUAUGGCAGAAGUGGUGUUUAGCUAACCACUCACGGAAACAUUCGUGGACUUCAUUACAUCUCAAAGGAUGGUUAAUGUUUGAGUUCCUUAAUUUUUUAGAUGUGUAAUUUGGAAACUAAAAAAGUAAAUGAUAUUAUUUUCGAUAGUGAUUGGUUUCGAUGAUAAUUUAAAUGAUAAAAUGUAAACAAAUACGAAAAUAGAAAAAUAACUCUUCAUGAACAGUAUUCGAAGCCCAAGAUUCUCGUUUAUUUCCAAUGAUUUUUUUUCAUAUUUCAAAGUAAACCUGCAAACACAACGUGCAAGCCUUAUUCAAUAUGCAAAUACCCUUACUGAAUAUGGAUAAUUUGUGAUGAUGGUAUUGUCCAAAUGCGUCUCCUUGACAUUUUUGUCGACUAAACAGGGUUUUAGCUGCUUUCAAUUUCCUCCUUCUCGUGUUCUUUUUGAUAACAUUUUAUCAACUGAAUCGUAGAAUUGGUUAUAAAAGGAUUACAGAAAAUAGCCAGAAGUGCGUGGAAUGUAACAGUGAUCUCCCCUUAUUCAUUUUAAAAUGUUAUAUUACAACAUUCAGCCGUAGCACAAUAGUUUAGUAUACAGACUGUAAACCUUUUGAUCUCUUAAUAUCUUUAUUCAACGCUUUAAAACAUCUUUGAAAUUAGUGUUACAUGUUGUUUCCAC